UUUUUUUUGGUGAGGGAUGCAUACCAAAGCCUCAUCCUGAUUGAUUAACAUCACAAAUUAAGUUUAUUUUCCAACAAAAUUUAAAUUAUGAUCUAUUUUCACUAUACCUUUUUUCGCUUCAACAAUUGAAAAGGUCGCAUUUUCCAGCAUAUAAUCCGCACUGAAAAGUCUUAAAAUUAAAAGAUAGAAACAGAUUUUGCACCUUUCCUAAACACCAUGCCGACCAUACACACAACCAUCCGAGUUCCUCCUCCGCCCGGCGCGGCGGCGGAGCUGAAGCUGCCGCUGACCUUCUUCGACAUCUGGUGGGUCCACGCCCAGCCCACGCUCCGCCUCGUCUUCUACGACCACCCUUGCUCCACCGCCGAUUUCUUGGACACCGUCGUCCCGAAGCUCAAACAAUCGCUCUCUCUCACUCUCAAACACUUCCUCCCCGCCGCGGGCAAUCUGCUCUACCCUUCGGACACCGACCGAAUGCCCGUUUUCCGCUACAUGGCCGGCGACGCCGUCCCGCUCACGAUCACGGAAUCCGGCCUCGAUUUCGGCGAGGUCACCGGAGAUCACCCUCGCGACGCCGAUCAGUUCUACGACUUCGUUCCUCCGUUGCCGCCGCCGACGGACGAGGCCGGAUUCAAAAUAAUCCCCCUUUUAGCCCUGCAGGUGACGCUCUUCCCCGGCCGCGGGUUAUGCAUCGGCGCGGCCAAUCACCAUAGCCUCGGCGAUGCGAGAUCAAUCGUCAGAUUCAUAUCGGCGUGGGCUGAGAUCAAUAGAUCCGGCGGAGAUAACGAGUUUCUCAAGCAAGCCGAAUCCCGACCGAUCUUCGACAGAUCGGUCAUCAAGGAUCCCGCCAGAGUCGAUUCCGUAUUUUGGAACGCCGUGAAGCGGAUCCCGAUCAAUCCGUCGCCAACAUUUCCACGGCCAACAAACAAGGUCAGAUCCACGUUCAUCCUCCGCCAAUCGGAUUUAAAAAGGCUCAAAGAUAUAAUUCUCGCGAAGAAACCGAGCGCAGCUCCGGCGUCGUCGUUCGUCGCCGCGACGGCGUACGCCUGGUCGUGUCUGGCGAAAUCGGCGGACGCGAUCGGAGAGAAAGUCGACGACAAGGAAACCGAAGCGUUCAUCCUCAUCGCCGACGCGAGAGGGAGGCUGAACGCGAUGAUAGAUCCGCCGGUGCCGGCGAACUACUUCGGAAAUUGCUUGGGCGGCGGGAUGGCGGGCGCGGAGCACGGGUUGCUGGCGGCGGAGGAGGGGUUUCCGGCGGCGGCGGAGGCAAUCGGCGGGGAAAUCAAGCGCAGAGUUCAUGACAAGGAUGAGUUUCUGAAGGGGGCGGAGGGCUGGCCGGGGGCAAUGAUGAAAUAUAUGGGGAUGAGGAGUUUUUUGGUGAGUGAUUCGCCCAAAUUCGAUCUGUAUAAGGCGGAUUUCGGGUGGGGGAAGGGGAGGAAGGUGGAGGUGGUGUCGAUUGACGCGGAGAGUUAUACGAUGUCGUUGUGCAAUUCUAGGGAUUCCGACGGCGGAUUGGAGAUCGGUAUGUCGUUGCCAUUGGAGAGAAUGGAAGCUUUUGCCGCCAUAUUUGCAGGUGGUCUCAAGUUGUGAGGAAACAUAAAGCGACGUCGUUUUGUACACUUGUUAGCUUUGAUUUCCAAAUAAAAUGAUGCAACACCAAUCUUUCCCACCGUGAAUGACAAAACUUAGAAGUCUAAGUGUUUGAUAUUUUUGGUGAACGUCGAAAAUAAUAAGAGUAACAUAAUUUUAGUAGACAGAGAAAGUAUAAUUUCGAACGAAAAAUCAAUAUAAUGUCAAAAUUCAAGCUACUCUCUGGGUCCUAUUAAAAAGUCAUAAUUUUCUUUUUUU